CAUCAAUCUUCAAAUGACGUAAAAGUGAUGAUAAGACGAUUAUCUAUAAAAUCAAGUGGCGUGUAUCGCUGCGAAAUAUCAGCCGAAGCACCGAGUUUUUCUUCCGUUGAAGGCGAAGGACGAAUGGAAAUAGUUUAUUUACCUCGGGAGGGUCCGACAAUAAGUGGUGAGCAAAGCCAAUAUCAAAUAGGUGAUACAUUAAAUAUCAAUUGCACAUCGGGCAAAUCGCAUCCUUCCUCAUCGAUAACUUAUUUCGUGAAUGACGAACAGGUGUACGAUUCGUCAUUGAUUCUGUAUCCGCCGAUUGUACAUCCUCAUGGUAUGAUGACAACAGUGUUGGGUCUUCAAAUGCAAUUGGAUAGUUCACAUUUUGAGGAAGGUUUGAUGCGUGUUAAGUGCUUGACAAGCAUAUCGUUGCUCCUGGAGAAUGCGGCCGAAACUAGAGAAAGUACAUUUAAUAUAAAAAAUAACCGGAAAACGAAUAACAGCAACCACAAUGCACAACGAAAGCCCCCGUUGACCGAUAGCCGAGAAGUUUUUUUAUUAG